AUGGUUGUACACUGCAGUGCUGGUAUAGGAAGAACGGGAACAUUUUUAGCUUUAGAUUAUCUUAUUGAAGAAGGUAAAGCUGAAGAUUCAGUAGAUGUUAUUAAAUGUAUUUCACAGAUGAGAACAGAAAGAGUCAAUAUGGUUCAGACAUUGGAUCAGUAUAUAUUUUUACACGAGGCAAUCUUAGAAUGGUAUAUAGCUGGAAAUAUAACAACAUCUAUAGCUGAUUACAAGACAAUCUACAAAGAUCUGCUUAAAAUGCAAACAUCUGGAAAAUGUAUCCUAGAACAAAAAUUUGAAGAUAUAGGUCAGUAUCUCCCGGAAACUAAACUGAUGUGCGGUGAUUUUUCUAUAACCAAAUCUAGUGACACACAGAAUGGUGAUGAUUAUUCAAUAGUGACCUAUAAAAUCAACAAGGAAGAAGAUGCAAAUGUAAAUCAAACAGUUACAGUAUACGAAUGUAAAUUCUGGAACAAUCAACAACAGACACCAGAAUCCUUCAUUUCAUUGAUUAAUGUACUUGAACAUGUUAAGUCAAGUUACGAAAAUAGUAAUCCAUUGGUUGUUGUUUGUCGGGAUGGUGUUACUAAAGGAGGUAUAUUUUGUGUAUUGGCUGCUAUAUUAGAGAGAUUAACAAUAGAACAAGAUGUCAGUGUAUUACAGACAAUACUACAACUUAGAGCUUCCAGACCACAAAUUAUUACAUCUUAUGAACAACUCAAAUUUUGCUUUGAUGCGAUUGACCAUUAUCUGGAACAUUAUACUACUUAUGCAAAUGUACUGUAA